AUGCGUUCUUCCGCUGCAUUUCGCCGCCUGCGAGGACAACUCAGCGUCGCGACGUCAUCUCCGUGGGUAUGGGUGGCGACGGGGGUGGACCCGGCCAGCGCCAUCCAUCCGCCGUCGCGCAAGAGAGGGUCGUCCUUGCGGGGAGAGUACGUGUCGCCUGCAUCCUUGAACCACGAGCUGCCCACGGCUGACACGCCGGAAGUCGCCUUCAUCGGCCGAUCCAACCAGGGGAAGAGCACCCUCGUCGGGAAGCUUUUAAAAAACCCCAAGCUCGUCCGCGCGUCGAAAUCGCCCGGGUGCACCAAGACGGUGAACUACUUCGCGCUGCGAGAAGGCGGUGCCGAGAGCCCCCAGGCUUUCCUCGUCGACCUUCCCGGCUACGGGUUCGCGAGAGAGAGCAAGAGGGCAGUGCGCGGUUGGAACCAGGCGGUGGGGAGCUACCUUGAGGGGCGCUCGAGCUCCGUGUUGCGAAGGACGUUUGUGCUGGUGGACGGGCGGCAUGGCCUUCAGCCCGACGACGAGCAGAUGCUGUCGUUUUUGUCCAGCAGAGACGUGGAGAACAUGGUGGUUUUGACGAAAGUCGACAAGGCUUCGCCGGCCCAACUUGUACAGUCCCUAGAGGGAGCCUUUCAGCUUGCGGUUCAUCAUCCGGCGACCUUGCCAAUCGUGCACUGUAUCUCAGCGCACAAGGGGCAGGGGAUGGGAGAGUUCCAGAACACUCUGUACGGAGUGUCAGAUUUGUAGCUGUUAUGUUCC